GCUGUGGUGUUGAGGUUUCUCCAAGGGGUGGCGUUUCACACCAGUUUCGAGAGCUCCUUAGCCCUCUACCAGUCUUAUCGGUAAAUUCAGAUUGCAUGCAAAUCAGCAGCGUCAUUCUUGUGAGGGGGAAACGAGUGAAAGAGAGGGAGAGGUUUGGCAGUGCUGGACAUUCUUUCUCUUUAUGGGAAAGAAUUUGUCGCUUUUCUUCCCUGGCCGGCUUGCAACAAAGUAGCCAGUUAGCUGCUCAGAUGCGCACAUUUUCGCUAGCUGCUGCCGAGGUUCAAUGCUGUGUGCUGGGAAGUUGAGAAAGUCUACAAAGCGGGUCGUUUUUGCGUUCUAACUGUGCAGUAUUGGGAUUUUAAAAGGUAUCGGAGGAAAAGCCGACGUAUUGCUGCUUUUUCUUGACCAUGGGCACCGGACAAAAUCGGAACACAAACUUGUACGGGUGGGCAGUAGUGAUGGUACUUGGGAUAUUGUACCAGCGUUGUUAUGCACGUUGUCCCGAGGAUGAGCUGAAGACACGAGAGCAAUCGGCAAAUGUAGUAUUAACUGGGACUGUGGAAGAAAUCAUGAACAUGGACCCCGUGCACAAUACUUACUCCUGCAAGGUGAGGGUGUGGCGCUACCUCAAGGGCAAAACCACGGUGAACGGCAACGCUCUGCUGGACGGUGGCAACAAGGUGAUGAUCGGAGGUUUUGGGGAACCGGGGAUCUGCGACAACCAGGUGUCCACGGGGGACACGCGGAUCUUCUUCGUCAACCUGGCGCCAGAGUACACGUGGCCGGCCCACAAGAACGAGCUGCUGCUGAACUCGAGCCUGAUGCGAAUCACCCUGAGAAACCUGGAGAAGGUGGAGCACUGUAUGGAAGAGACACAAGUCAAGUGGACUCUUGGGCCCCAGUGGCCUGUUGCUUCUAAGGACAGCGCCACCUAGAGGAGUGGAAUGAAGACGGAUGGGAAAAAUGAAUGGAAGAAGGUUUUAAGAGAGAGGAAGGCUUCAUAGAUGAUGACACAUAUAUGCUUCCUAAAAUACAGUAUUUGUAUCAAGUAAAUGAUAAUACAAGGCUAGAAAGCUAGGCUGCUGUUUUGGAUUAUUCUGAGGUAAUGGCAGUGAAUGUGUGCAAAUGAAUGUGUCACCUUUGGUCUGGGACUGUAUGUACACCAGCACAGCCGAAGUACAUUUGUGGAUGAAAUAUGUAUCCGGCUAUCAGUCUCACCAAUCCGUAUCACAGCGGGAUGGGGCAGCACUAGUUUAUAGCUUCCAGGUCCUGUUGUGAUAGCAUUCUGUGGGCUCAGAUCUGAAGUAGCCGAAGAUCAGAUCUGGCUAUAGGAGAUGUGGCUUAAGAAGGAAUGUUUCUCUGGUCAAAGGAAAUGAUCCUUUCUGCAAAUUCUGAAUCCUUUUAGCAAAUACAAGAUCAGAUUAAUGACCAUAUAAUCAAAGCUUUGGCAGGACAUUUUCUUAUAGAAAUGCCUUCCAUAAACCCUGAGACCUGAGGAUAAAGUGUAAUGUAGUUUUUUGUUUAGACCCCACCUGCGCCUGUGUGUAUCGCUGUCUCUUCCCAUUCGGCCUGACUGCUGUGUGACUUCCACAGUUUGAAAGAGUCCCAAACUUUCUGAGCCUCAAACUUACGGGCGUCAUACAGAGAUACUGAGAAUUCUAUUUUGCCAGCUACCUAGAGUACGUGGAGUUCUCACUUUUUAAAUUAAACUAAUUUUAGUGUUUUAAAUUAAAUAAAAAUAGUUUAAAUGUGUUUUAAAUUAAACUAACAAUUGCCCUCAUCUUGCCCGUUUUUUUUCCCAC